GAACUGCAUCCUGGCGGACGAGAUGGGGCUGGGGAAGACGAUCCAGUCGAUCGCGUUCCUGCGGGAGGUUCACGGGGCGGGGGUCCGCGGCCCCUUCCUGGUGAUCGCCCCCCUCUCCACCAUCACCAACUGGGAGCGCGAGUUCGGCACCUGGACCGGCCUCAACACCAUCGUCUACCACGGCAGCCUGGCCAGCAGGCAGAUGAUCCAGCAGUACGAGAUGUACUGCAAGGACGCCAAGGGCCGUCUGAUCCCGGGGGCCUACAAGUUCGACGCGCUGAUCACGACGUUCGAGAUGAUCCUGUCGGAGUGCCCCGAGCUGCGCGAGGUCGAGUGGCGCUGCGUCGUCAUCGACGAGGCCCACCGCCUCAAGAACAGGCACUGCAAGCUGCUCGACAGCCUCAAGCACAUGGACCUGGUAUGGGGAGAGA